GCAUCAAAGUAUCUUUUCAGAUGAAGAAGAAGAUGAGGAAGCUGUAGGAGGAGAGGGUGCAGACAUGCGCGGCGACAGACAUCAAAACAAUUAUGCUGAUACUUACAAUGAAAGAGCCAGAUAUAGACGUCGUGAUGCCUAUGAUGACAUGGGUGACUUUAUUGCUGAUGAGGAUGAAGACGAAGAUGACAUUGGUCAAAAUAUCCAUGACAGAGGUCGUGCUCGUGAUGAAGGUCGAAGUAGACGUGGAAAGCCUAAUAAAGAGAUGAUGGAGAUUCUACCCGAAGGCAUGAGUGAAGACUCGUUUGCUUAUACUGUCCUUACAACAGUGUACUAGCCGAUAUGUUUGACAUUUUUGGUGAUGGUGGAGACUAUGAAUGGGCUCUGUAUGAUGAAGAGGUAAAAUGAGGAGCAAAAUGCCACCUAUCGAAAGAACCUUAUUCAUACGAUAUUCUUUUUUAAAGGAAAAUGAAGAAGCCAAGGACCAUGAACCUCAAUUGGAGGACAUUUUCGAACCGAGUGAAUUAGCCGAACGUAUGAUGACGGAACGAGAUGAAGCAAUCCGUCUACUUGAUGUUCCUGAGCGUUUACAAGUGCGUUAUGAAGGUGUCAAAGUCUUCCCCAAAGCUAGCAAUGACGCAGUUCAGGAGGAAGGUGUAUGGAUUGCUCGUAUGAUGGCUCGUCAGCGAGGAGAAGAACAACCAGCGGAGGAGUAUAUAUCGGCUGUAGCCUAUGUUGUGAAUUUCUUGCGCAGAGAAUUCCUCGAAGUGCCUUACAUCAAAGACCAUCGCCGCGAUUUCUUCACGGAGGUCAAUAAGGAGACGGGUCUUACAACUGAGAUCUUGACCGAAAAAGAUCUGUGGGAGAUUUAUGAUUUGGACUACAAAUAUCACAGUUUUGGCGAGCGUCGCAUGGCCUUGAGGGACUUUAUCACCAAGUGUGACAUCGAGGACGACUAUGUCAAUCAUAUGCUGGAUCGUGCAGAGAAGGUAGAGGAAGUAACGGAUAUAACAGAUUAUGUCAACAUGAAGUACUCGGAGCACAUCAACAGACUACAGCAGCAGACGCGUGGGUCGAAACGACCCACGAAUAAAUCACUCAGAGACCUCACGCAAGGUGCAAGACUUCAAGAACUUUUGCCCAUCGUCAGUAUAUCCCCUCGAGAAUUCGGCACCAACUAUUUAGAAGGCAAUCGUCGCUAUGUGCCUGAUGAUCCCACCGUAGAUCCACUCGUCCAUGCCGAUCUUUACACUGACACCCACUUUCCUGACACCACGAGAGUACUCAAAGCGGUACGAUCUAUUUUAGCUCAGGAAGUGGCAUUGGAUCCUCAAGUGAGAAAAGCAAUGCGCAGAGAUUGGGAAAUAUACGCCACCAUUACUGUCAGGCCGACGGAACAGGGAUUUACAGUGAUAGACGAGCUGCAUCCUAUGUAUCCAUUCAAAUUCAUCACAGAAAAACCCAUCACCGCCUUCACCGACGGUCAAUUCUUGCAUAUUUUGAAAGGUGAAGCCGAUAAGCUUUUAACAGUCCAUGUGGGGAUGACAGACUACGACGUGUGGUCCUCCAAAAUUGCCGACUAUUAUCUAUCAGACGGUUUCAGUGACACCAUCGUCCAAUGGAAUGACCAAAGAAGAGAAGUGAUUCAGCAGGCCCUCAACGAGCAUUUGAUACCCCUCAUCACCAAGUAUAUUCGUGAAAAGUUGCGUAUGGAAGCACAAGAAGCCAUUUGCCAAGCUGCUUUCCAUAGUCUUUACAACAAAAUCAAUGUUGGCCCGUAUAAACACCCCGAAGCACACUACAAGAGCCCCUUACCUCGUGUCAUUACCUUGUCUUCUGGAAACGGAGGCAUGAAAGACCCCAUUGUCGCUGUCUGUCUUAACCCUCGCGGUCGAGUUGUCGAUCAAAUAGAGGUGCCCACGCUCAAAGAAGAACGUUAUUGGACGGAAUUAAGCGAGUUUAUCAAAGCGAAAAAGGCCCAUGUGGUCGGCGUAGCGGGUUAUAACGCAGAGACGCGCCGCGUCAUCAAGCAUAUGCAAACCAUGUUGAGCGAAAUCAACCAGUCCAAUGAACAAAACAGUAUUCCCAAGUUGGAUAUGGUCGUGGUCAAUGAUGAAGCGGCUCGUUUGUAUAAGAAUUCGCGCCGUGCUCAAGAGGAAUUUCCCGAAUACUCUGAAGCAACACGUUACUGCAUUGCCUUGGCCCGUCGUCUGCAGAACCCCGUGCUUGAAUACGCUGGUUUGGGCCGUGAUUUAUUAGCCAUCCACCAUCACGACCUUCAACAUCUCGUUCCCGAAGAGACGCUGCUCUUCUAUCUGGAGCGGGCUCUUAUUAGCGUUGUGAAUGACCUUGGCUUUGAUGUCAACGCAGCUAUCCAAAAUCCUUACGUUGCCAAUGCACUUCAAUAUGUGUGUGGUUUUGGCCCGCGUAAAGCACAAACCAUGAUGAAGAAGGUCGAAGCGACCGGUCGUCUCGAAAGUCGCACUGCCCUGGUGAUGCGUAAAUUAACGGCAGCCAAUACCUUUAUGAAUUGUGCGAGCUAUAUUCGUAUCCGUGAUAUGGAGGGUGCUGACAUUUUGGACGAUACCCGUAUUCAUCCUGAGAACUACGACUUGGCUCGUAAAAUGGCUGCGGAUGCAUUGGAGAUUGAUGAAGAUGAAAUGGACGACUAUGACUCCAAAGUGGCUGUCGUCACGCGUGUGAUCAAAGAAUACCCAGAUAAGUUGAACGAUUUGAUCUUGGACGAUUAUGCCGUUGUUCUGCGAAAGCAAUACAAUGCACCCAAACGUCAAAUCCUUGAGCAUAUCAAGCUAGAACUACAAGGCCCCUAUCAUGAUCGCCGCAACCGAUACUCCCGUCCUACGCCUGAAGAAGCCUUCACCAUGGUGACGGGUGAAACGCGACAAUCGCUCAGCGAAGGGUUCAUCAUUCCCGCCAAGAUUGUGGCGAUACGUAAUCGAUACGCCAGCUGUGUCCUUGAUUCGGGCCUGGACGGCACCAUUUUCAUUGACAAUGCUUCCGACGACCGUGUCAUGAGCAUCAGCGAUGUGCUUCAGGUGGGCCAAACCGUUACUUGUAAGGUGCUUCGCAUCGACAGAGAGCGAUUCAUGGUGGAGUUGUCCUGCAAACCAUCGGACACCAAGCCAGGAUCGGAUAUCCCCCUUCGUCAAUGGCCGCAAGACAGUUAUUUUGACCGCCUUGAGGAAACCAAAGUGCGCGAACAACUCCAUACGAGCCGUCGUAAACAAGCACGAUCUACGCGUGUCAUCAAACAUCCUUUCUUCAGACCCUUCAAUCACAUCGAAGCCGAAGACUACCUUACCUCCCGCCAGCGUGGCGAAUAUGUCAUUCGACCUUCCUCUCACGGACGCGACCAUAUUGCUAUUACUUGGAAAGUGGCAGAAGAUGCGUUUCAACACGUUGAUGUGGUGGAAGUGCGAGAUAAAAAUGACAUCCAUGCACCUGCUCAAUACAGAAUUGGAAAAUAUGUGUUUGAAGAUUUAGAUGAAUUGAUUGUCAAUUACGUCGAAGCGAUCGCACGGAAAGUGGAAGAAUUAAUGGGACACAAAAAAUUUGUCGAUGGUGGUUCGCGUGCAUUGAACAAUCAUCUCACGGCUCUCACACAGGCGAAUCCAAAGAUGUCAGCCUAUGGCUUUUGUUUGAGUGAAAAGCCUGGAUAUUUUGAUUUGGGAUUCAAAUUGAAUGCACGAGGUCCUCCGAUGCGUUGGAUUGUCAAAGUGUUGCCCGACGGCUAUCGCCUACGAGAUGUAUUCUAUACUCAAGUCGAUCAACUCAUCAAUGGUUUCAAACAACUUCAAGUGACAGAAGCACAGAAACAUAAACAAAGAAGACCCUUGCUUUCAAAAUGAAUAUGGUUUCGAGAGAGACGUAAAGAAAACCAAGAGCUAAGCUAUAGAAAAUGUGAAAA